AUUCUUCGUACAAAUGCUGGUGUCGUCGGGAGGUGCGCAUCAUUUUACAUAUAUUUUUACACACAUUCCAUUCUGCUUAGUCGGGCGCCAUAGAUUACUAGAAAAUAGUAACUGCUAAUUUUUAUCCAAUAAAAAUGUUCGCAAUUUCCGCGGUUGUACUGCUUUUGGCCGCUGGCGGCUGUCUGAGCCAGACCAACACCACUCCCCGGCCUUCGACGUCACCGCCCAACUGCAACUGCCAGAUGCCAUCGUGGAUGACCUCGCAGAACAAUAACGGGCAGAAUUUCGCCAUGCCCAGUCCACCGCCGAUCUGCACCAAUCAGAACCGGAAUUUCACCAGCAUGUGCGAUUUGAUUAAUGCCGGAGCCACCAACCAGAAUCUGGGAUUCCGACCAUGUCAGUUCUUUAAUUCGUCUAACCAAGGAGUUUUUCCUGGUCCAAUGAUGGGCGGCAGUAUGAACUUUUCCGCUUCCGGGUUCCCAAUGCCGACCUCGAGCGGAGCGUUCCAGCAGUCAGGAUUCGGUCAGCAAUACCAAACAACUGGACAAGGAUUUAACGGGAUGCAAGGAGGACAAUUCGGCAUGCAAGGAGGACAAUUCGGCAAUCCAGGUUUCAAUGGAAUGCAGAGCAGCCAGUUCAGCGCAAAUCAAGGCUUCAACAGCGGGAACCAAGGCUUUAUGAUGGGUCCGCCGCCCGCUGGCAUGAACGGCGGACAAGGCAUGAACGGCCCACCUCCCGCUGGCAUGGGCGGUAUGCGGGGCGGGAUGAUGGGUGGCAUGGGUGGGAUGAUGAACUUCAGUAAAGCCGUGUGCCUAACCAACAAUGUUACCAUGAAUAACACCAUGCAGGCCAUCGACCAGUUUCUGCAGCAGAAUCCUUCAAUCGGAAUUCGCUGCAAGACCGCCUGCCCCUGCACUCUUCAGUGCCCACCGGACUUCAGCCAAUACCCUGGUCCACCUAUGAUGAUGUUCUAAAAAAACUUAAUUUAUCUGCACAACGCAUUUUCGGCACACCCGACAAACUUUUCGCCCGCUGCGCUUAAUGCUUAAUUGCUUUGCAAAAAAUGUACCAUUAGAUUUACUGCUUUACUUGCUUGGUGCCAGAACCAUCGCGGUUAUGAACUUAUGGCAUUUCGGAAGCAGAAAGCAAAAUGUGUUGGAAAACAA